AUGCGUCUCUCCAGCCUCUCGUUCUUCAUCCAGGCUCUGUUGUUGACUGCGGUCGCAGCCCAGAGUGCUGGUGCCUCCAACCCCGUGCAGGAUAUCACCACUCAAACCACCUCAUCCUCCACUUCCUCGGUGCCUGAAACCACAACUUCAUCAUCAUCAUCUUCCACAUCCUCCAAGGAGACUUCUGAAGAACCAACCCCUACAGUCGACCCUACGACCAGCUCGACCUCUUCCACCUCUUCCGAGCGUACUACCGAUCCCACCACCGCCGAUUCUAGCACCUCAGCAGAGCCCUCUGCCACUCCGGAGCCUACUGUCGCUUCAACCACUUCUAAAAAGACUGACCCCGCCUCCAAGACAAGUGUUGAGGGCGAUAGCACCACUUCAUCCAAGACCACCGCCACCCAAACCCCGGUCGUAAAGACCAUCACCUCCUACGCGACCAGCGAUGGAUCCACCAUCGCCAACGUGAUGACCACCACCUCCACUCCCGCCAGCGCCCCCUCUCUUAAUGGUGACAAGGGGUCCAGCUCUAGUGGUGUGUCUUCUUCGGACAAGAAGAUCAUCAUCGGUGUCGUGGUGGGUGUCGGUGGUGCCAUCCUCAUCGGUGCCGUAGGCCUAGUCUUCUGGAGAAUUCACAAGAAGCGCAAUGAGCGAUUCGGUGAUGAGGACGAUCUGAUGGGUGGCACCGCUGUGGGCUCCGGUCCUCGCGAGAAGGCCCCCAGCCCGGCCGGCAACACCCCCUUCAAGAACACACUAGACCAGUAUCACAACCCUGGUCCUGUCAACGCGGCAUCUAACUUCUAA